AUGAGCACCCUUGGAUGCAAGUACGACAAGAACACGUGUAAACAUGACCUGUGUCUACAGUGUAAAGAGAGACAUGUUAUUGAUCUAAAUACCAUAUACCAUGAAGUUGUGAUUUACCGCGAGAAAUAUGAAUACAUGCCAAAACAAGAGCCUUGUAUGAGACAUCCAAAGAAAAUCUAUGAACUUUUUUGUCACUCAUGUGAACUUCAUGUGUGUAACCAAUGUAAAAUUCGUAGAUUACCAGAACAGAAAAGAACAGUUAUCAGACACCUUGCCAGCAUAGAGGUCUUUGAACACAGAUCUGAGCAAUGGAUUCAGAAUGGAUGGAUAGCACACACGGAAAACAAUACCGGUGAUCUUAUUUACAUAGACAGAGAUGGUAACAUUAACAAACUAUAUAAAGAUAACAGAUCAAAGCUUACCUUGAUGAAGAAAACAGAUUUUUGGAUACUGCGCUGUGUUUACUGCUCCCCUACCAAUGGAGUUCUUUUGGUUGGUAUGUAUAAUUAUGAUACCAAAACAGGCAAGGUAGCACUGUAUAAGGACACAGGACAACAGAUACAUACCAUACAAUACGACAUUACAGGUCUGGAACUAUAUGGUCUACCUAGAUACAUAACUGAGAAUUGUAAUGGGGAUAUCAUUGUGUCUCUCUGUAUUGAUGAUGGUACUAAUCGUGGUGAAGUAGUCGUAACAGAACGUGGAGGAAGACAUCGCUUCUCCUAUACAGGACCUCCAUCAGGAUCAGAACUUGAUCCAUAUGGAAUCUGUACAGAUGCAUUGUCACACAUCCUUGUGUGUGAUCCAUGCACCCAGGCAGUACACAUGAUAUACAAAGACGGCUACUUCCUGUCACUGAUACCAACAUUAGUGAUAGAUAGACCAUGGAGCCUGAGUUAUGAUGUAAAAACUCAUCUUCUUUGGGUCGGAUCAUUAAAUGACAGGAUUUGUGUCUACAGAUACAUAGAUAGGCAAACUCUUUGA